AUGGCGCUCCCAGCUCUGCACGCGCUGGAAGAGUGCGCCGACUUCUCCAAAACGAUCCAGCCCUUCAUCCCCCAGCUCUACACCCUCCCCCAGAAGCUCGUUGACGUGAUUGCGGGCCGCGAGAGCUUCCUCGAGCUCUAUGUGGACACCAAUCCGCUAGUGUCGGGGUUCGCCAUCUCGCUAGCGCUCGGCGCCGUCUUCCUCGUCGUGUCGGAAAUCAACCACAACUAUUCGCAGGUCGAUCGGUGCUGGAGCAUUCUACCAACCCUCUACAUUGCCCACUUUGAUGCAUGGGCCCGUCUAGCCGGCGUUUCCAGCGCGCGCAUCGACGUCGCCCUGCUCUUCAGUACCCUAUGGAGCAUCCGUCUCACCUUCAAUUAUUGGAGAAAGGGCGGCUAUUCUGUUGGAUCCGAGGACUACAGAUGGGAAAUCGUUCGCAAAAACGUGCCCACAGCUGUCUUCCAUGUUUUAAACUGGACCUUUAUUGCCUUUAUCCAGAGCAUCUUGCUUUUUCUGAUCGCCGCGCCAGUGUACAUCAUCCUGCUGGCCUCCCGCUUCGAGCCCAACCUCACCAGCGCGGACCUUGCUUAUGUGACCAUUGAGCUAGGUCUCAUUCUCACCGAGUACAUUGCGGACCAGCAGCAGUGGAACUACCAGGGAGCCAAGAAGGAAUACCAAAAGGCCGCAAAGGUUCCGCGCGGGUGGAGCCAGCUUGACCUGGACCGCGGCUUUAUCGCCUCUGGCUUAUGGGGAUAUAGCAGACAUCCUAAUUUCGCUGCCGAGCAGUCCAUCUGGUUCUUCCUCUACCAGUGGAGCUGCUACGCGACCAACAAUCUUUACGGCUGGUCCGCCGUCGGGGCCUCGUUCCUCAUCCUUCUUUUCCAAGGGUCGACCUGGCUGACGGAGCUCAUCACAAGCGGCAAGUACCCCGAAUAUUCUCAUUACCAAAACAGCGUGGGGAUGUUUGUUCCAACAAGGCUCUCUUCUUACAAGACGCCUGUCGUCAAACCCAAGAUCAUCCGGACAAGCGAGCUUGCCCAGAGACAAAAGCAAAAACAGAAGUGA